AUGGCUGCGUCAGAAACUAAUGAGUUUACAACUUGGUAUUCCUCAUUGGAGAGUACUGAAGGUACUAUCAGCGUUGAAAGUCUCUUCAACGAAGCUUUAGCCGAAUUUUCUUCAGAAUUCUCGAAAGAUGGAAAGCAGCAGGAGUGGAUCAUUGACUCUAGCUUUGAGAGCGUCCUCGCAUCUGUCGAAGAGGCUCGGGUUUACUACGAAGGACGAAAGGGCACGUCAAAACUCCGCAAAGGAUUAGUACAACUAUCGGAGAAAUUAUACAACUACAGUAAUAUCAUGGACGUGCUACUAUCGCAACAACCAAAAUACUCCGCCUUAGCCUGGGGUGCUAUGAAGUGUCUCCUCCUAACAGUAAAGGACCACGACGACCUUCUUUCGCAACUCUAUGGAGGACUCAAUGAUAUUGCCCAUAUCAUAUCGCGUACGGAAAUUAUCAUACAGCUCUACCCAACUCAGCAGAUCAAGCAGGUCGUCGUUGCAAUAUAUGCCCGUAUCCUCGAAUUCCUCUUGCGCGUCCUUCGUUGGUAUCGAGAGAGUAAGAUGACACACCUGCGACAUGCAUUGACGAAGCACAUGGAGCACCAAUAUGGUGAUCUUUUAGCGACUAUAUCGUCCCUAUCUGAUACAAUGUGUAAGAUGGCUCUAGACAGCAGCCACGCUGAGCAACGAGAUAUGCACAAACGUAUUGCUCAAAUAAUGCAUGAGCAAAAGCUGACUCGCGAAAGUAUUGCAGAACUAAUAACAGCAGUUUCCGACAUGAAACUCUCUAUGGUGACUGAACAAGGCAUCAAUGCAUCGGCGAGGAUCGAAUUUCAGCAGAGGCUGUCCGAAGUCCAACUUAUGCAGCUUUUAAGCCAAUUAUCUGUCGCUGUCCUUCCAGAUCCCAUCAAAGCUUUUCAGCUGCUGCUGUUCAUGUCUAAGAAGCGCCAUCCGAGACCAUCAAUCAAAGGAGAGGCAUUUUGGCUUGAUUCAAGAAUCCAAAAAUGGAAUAAAGACAAAGACUCGUCUCUUGUUAUCAUUAAUGGAACAUGGAAGACACGUUUCCACCUCCAAAGUUUUUGCGCAAAGUCCAUCGCGAUACUCUUUGAUGCAAAGUGUCCGGUCAUUUGGGCAUUGAAAGCUCUCAACAUUGACAAAACGACUGCUGACCAGGCACAAGUGUCGACAAUCGACCUGCUUAAAUAUAUCAUUUCGCAGGCUAUUUCUGUCAACAAAAGUAUCCACACCGAUGCAGCUCUGGUUCCUCGUCUCAUGGCUCAUAUUGACGCAAAGUCAGAAAACGACUGGAUCAAUAUCCUUGCAUCAGUCCUCCAGGGUAUCUCACAUCUCUACAUCAUGAUUGACGUCGAAGUCUUGAGUCAAAAUUUGGGGACGUUGACAGAGGAUUUCUGGCCGACGGCAUUUCUCAAAAUGUUCUCCGAGCUCUCAGCACGCAAUAUUGGGACAGUUGUCAAAGUGGCUUUGAUCAGUUAUGGCUCACCACUACUCAAAGGCCCUUUCAGAAAAGACUGUCAGAAUCUCGUUGUGUCAGUUGGCGGGAUGAGACAGACUCGGGCAUCUAUAGCGAGAGCUCGCAACCAACGCUCUUCUAUUAUUAGGACUAGAAGAAAGGUUGGAUUGGAGGCCAUGUAUGGUUAG